CGAAUCAUUUAAAAUAUUUAAAUUACAAAAUUAAACUUAACUCAAGUUUUGAAGCUAAUCCACCUCUCAAGUCUCAUGGUUUUUAGCUGCAUUUUCAGCCUAGAAAAAAAAUUUUAAAUUACAUCUUCAAAAACCUCAGCGGGACAUAAAUCUCAUCAAAUGAAAUUCCCCCAAAACAAAGAAUCCAUUUUGUAAUCUCUUCAAAUGAUUUUUGUAAGAAGCAAUCCAUGCCCAGCACCACAGGAAGAUGCUUGGAUUACUUCUUACCAAAGGCUAGUUCCUCACUGGCACUCUGUUUCUCUUUCUCAUCAGCAUUCCACUAUAUCGAUAUCAGUAUCUAGAGUUAAUCAAUUUGAUGCUGCUAGAUUGGAUAUUGAGAUGUCAGCCAUGUUAAAAGAACAGCUGGUUAAAGUUUUCUCUUUGAUGAAGCCAGGAAUGUUAUUUCAAUACCAACCAGAACUCAAUGCAUUCCUCGAGUUUCUCAUUUGGCGGUUUUCAAUUUGGGUAGAUAAGCCAACUCCAGGAAUUGCAUUUAUGAAUCUGAGGUAUAGAGAUGAACGUGCCGUGGCAUUAAGAGGAAAAGUAAGAACAGGUUUGGAAGGACCUGGGCUAACUUUUGCUCAAAAGAUGUGGUAUUGUGUUGCUGCAGUGGGUGGUCAGUACAUCUGGGCUCGUUUACAGUCAUUCUCUGCUUUUUGCAGAUGGGGUGAUUCUGAGGAGGUUCUGGUUUCUUCUUUGUGCUCUUCCCCUAGGAAGAGUUUGGACUCUGUUUAAACUCAAUACUGUUUUCUCCUUUCUUCUUCAGAGGCCAUUGGCACGGCGAGCUUGGGGUUUGAUGCAACGUUAGGGGCUUUAAAAGGCUGCAUCUUUUGGCAACCUACUCAUAUUUCUUUAUACUGGAAGGUAUAGAAACCUUAUUGAAAGAUCAUUACAAGGGAGGCUUGUCUAUGAAAGUCCUAAUAUGAAUCGAGCUGAGAUGUUGUUGCUGCUUCUCCCUCUUCUUAACUGAUCAACUGUUAAAAGUUUUCUUCACCCUUUCUCAAAGGACAAAUCUUCGAGUUCUAAAGAGGAUGACUCUAUUUGUCCCAUUUGCCGGGCAAGUCCAACACUUGCUUAUCUCGCUCUCCCUUGUCAGCAUCGGUAUUGCUAUUACUGCCUUAGAACACGCUUUGCUGCGGUUCCCUCAUUCCAGUGUUCCAGAUGCGGCGAGCCUGUUGUGGCGAUGCAGCAGCAUGGCAGUGUUGUUACAUAAAACUCAGUAACUUACAUAGGAAAAUACGGAUAAGAGCGCUGUGCCGUUUAGAAACCUGUAUAACAAAAAUGGCCCAAUGUGGCAUACAAAACAUUUUAGAAAUGAAGGUUUUUUCCAGAGAAAAAAUUGUACCCAAUUCAGUUGGGGAUGGGGGGGAUGAAUGAUUCUUUGUCAACUGUGACAUUAAUAACGGAGGUUACUUUUUGCAGCUAGUGGAAAAGGGGGAGGCUUUUUUCAUGAUACAUAAUGUGUUUGAAAGCAUCGUUUUGAUGGUUAAGAAUAUCAUAUUCAAAUUGCAUUAAAAAUAAA